GCAUUUUCUUAGCUGAGAUGGGCGCCAUCCGUAUGUACAUAGAAUGGGGAUUCUUCGACAAAAUCCCGGACGAUGGUUCGAUAUCGUAUGCUUCACUCGCCUCUACCAUCAAUGGAGACGAGGCCUUGGUCCGUCGCAUGGGCCAACUUCUUGUAGCAACUGGGAAGCUCAAGAGACCUCAACCAAACCACGUUGCACAUUCGCGUCUCUCGCCAACCUUCAAAUCCGGCAAUCGUGAAGGUGACCAUUUCACAAUGAUUUGCGACGAUUUCCAGAAAGCGUUUCAAACCUUCACAGGCUUCUUUGAGAAGUAUGGGCCACAUGAACCCCAGGGCGAAAGCAAGGUUCCUCUUUGCUUCGCUUAUGGUGUUGAUGGGAAGCUGACAUACUGGGAGGCGAUCCUACACCGUGGGGAAGCUAACGUUGCGAGAUUCGGACGUGCUAUGCAGGGUCUCCAGACUUACGCUUGGCCUUAUACUGGUAUUUAUGACUUCAGUUGGGUCGCCGAAUAUGCGAAGGAAAAUAGUGAUCGGCCUUUGGUUCUUGACAUCGGAGGCGGCCGUGGUCAAAUGAUCCGGGCUGUGCUCGAAGAAACACCUGCCAUUCCACGAGAUAGGUGCUACUUAGAGGACCGGUCCGAGGUUAUCGAAAUCGUAAAGGAGGAUUCUAAAAGCGAUCCCGUUUUGAAGGAUGUACAGAAAGUUGUCACGAACUUUCACAAAGAGCAGCCUAUCAAGGGUAAGAUUUGGUUACACCCCUUAUGGAAUACGACAUAUGAUUUGUUGACAAUGUUACACGACAGACGCCCUCGUCUAUCUUAUCCGCCGCUGUAUCCACGACUACACGGACGAUGAUUGCGUCAAUAUUCUCAAGAUCCUGGCGGAUGCCUUACCAGCGGAUGAACCUCGCGCCCGUGUCUUGAUUAAUGACCAGAUCAACUCCGAAGACCCUACUCCUUUUGUGGCGGCUUACGAUAUUCUCAUGAUGACAUGUGCGUCCUGAGACCGGUGAGUUUUAAGUUGACUUCAUGGGGAGACUGGGAGAGCUCAUUCGGUUGGUUCUGGUGAUACGUUAGACGAUGUUUAGAUGGCUGAACCACACAACCAUAUGCAUGUGUUACCACAACCAUUCGUCAAAUGGAUGGUACCCUCGCAGUUAGAUGCCGUCUUUAAUUUCUAUCGGGUAUUGGGUGGUGGUGG